AUGGUCUUUAAGUAUCUUGCUCACACGAGCCCCUUGUCACUUUACCUAGCUCGCCGGAUUAGUAUGUACAAGCCUGACAUUAAUGCUGUCAAGAAAUUACGCACUGAAUCACAAGCACCACUCAAGGACGUGCGAGACGCGCUUGCGGCUACUGAAGGCAACUUUCCAGCAGCUUUUGAAUGGCUACGCAAAAAAGGCAUCGCGUCGGCCAGUAAAAAGACUGGUCGUCACACGGCUGAAGGACUUGUGUCCAUCAAGGUGACGGAGAGUGGCUUGAUCGCUGCCAUGGUGGAAGUCAACAGCGAGACAGACUUCGUGGCCAUGAACAACAAAUUUCAGGCACUCGUGAGAAAUGUGGCUAACGCACUGGUAGAAGUCCCGACAUCAAAGGCUGUGACUAAUUUUCCUUCGGAACAGCUAGCACUUGUAAAUGUAGACGAUUCUACUGUUGCUGAAAAGGUGCCCGAACUGGUGGGAAUUGUUGGGGAGAAUGUCGUGGCCACUCGUGCCGUGCAGCUCAAACUUGAGGAAGGCACGAUUUGCAGCUAUCUUCACAAUGUUGCCGCCCCUGGUCUUGGUCGUGCUGGUGCACUUGUGGCUUUGAGAUAUCUGUCGAAGACAGCAACUGCUGAGCAGACGGCUGGUGUGAGGGAGCUAGGUCACCGUCUAGCGAUGCACGUUAUGGCUGCCAACCCUCGUUUUCUAUCGCGCGAGACCGUUCCAGCUGAGCUGGUCGAAAAGGAACGUGCGUAUCUUGCUGAUUUGGUCAAGGAUUCAGGAAAACCUGCUCAUAUCGUUGCCAAAAUGACUGAGGGCCGCUUGAGUAAAUUUUUUGGUGAGUGUACGCUGCUGGAGCAGCCACAUUUAAUUGAGGAAGGCAACCCAAGAGUGGGCACGUUCAUUGCUGAGCAGUCCAAGAGACUUGGCGUGGACGUGACAGUGACUGCUUACGAACGUUUUGAGGUUGGUGAGACCAACGAGAAAGCUUAA